GUGUGGCAAGGAGGGUGGUUCGCUUUCUUCACUUGAUACACACAGAUAGAUCACGUUGGACCUCCGUUUCGGUCGACCGAUCAGCUAUCAAUUACAGGCUGGUGUGACGGCCAGUCCCGUAAAACAGCCAAUAAGAGACAGUGCACACCGGGACUUUUCGGUCCUUUUCUUGCGGAUGUCGCCCUAGUUCUAUUCAUUUGAAAAACUUGUAGUAAGAGCCUCUUUAAACUCUUUCACUGCUCCUGUAGCCGUCGCGUGCACUAUUGCUGAUAACGUGACGACAUAUAAUUGCUUAUCCUGCGCAACUGUGUGGAAACGAUGAGUUCUUUGAGAAUCGUCUUUGGAGCUGCUGUAAUCGCGACUGUGAUGCAGAGCAGUUAUUGCCAAUCGACAGGGAGCUGUGUGCAGCUGAACACUUGCGACAAGUGCAUUUCAGGGGACGCCUCUCUGAACAUUACCAAGUGUCUGUGGCUUCAGUGUGAUUCAGGGAACUCCAGCUGUGUGGAAAAAAGUGAGGCACCUGAAGGUUGUUCUCUCUUCAAUGAUACAGACAAAUGCUCCGGUGAACCAUCUCCAACUUCCGGCGGCUUGAGCCCCAGCUCAGAUGCACCUGCUCCUACAGAACCCGAGCCGGUAUACUCUCAGCCGAACUUCAACCUGGCAAGCUUCAUUGGGGGAAUCAUCCUGGUGCUUGGAAUUCAGUCAGCCAUCUUCUUUGUAAUGAGGUUUUUCAAGUCCAGAGACAGCACCUACCAGACUCUGUAGGUUCACUCUUCUUCUUUUUGUUAUAAUUUUACCUUAGACUGUUUAAUGAGGAUGUGGAUGAAGUGACUGGGUCUCUGCAUGUGCUAAAUGUGGUAAGGCUGUGGGCUGUGAAGGACUCAAGUGUGAAAUGGGAAAGCUUCCUGUCAUAGUAUGGACAUGAAGUUUAGUUUAGAAAAUUAUAUAAAGUAGGUGCUUGGGUCCUGAGUUUGACCUACUUUGCUUGGGGCACAUACGUUCUCAGUGUGAUUGACUGGGGACUCAAUGAGCACUGAAUUACCCAGGGAUUGUCUGUGUGUUCCCAUGGGCUGUGCAGACUUUUGCCAUCUUUUGUCAGCUUCUGCUGUGAUCCUAAAUAAAAUAAAGCAGGGAUUUUU